AUGGCGGAGGAAGGGCCUGCUGCGGCGGGCAUAGAUGGUUUACGAGAGUUGGAGCCCUCUCCAGUCGAGUCGCCGUCCAAGGAGAAGAAAGACGCUCCGUUGGUCGAGACAAGGCAAACACCAGCACACUUGCAUCCAAGUAGAUUAGGUCUAAACGGCAACCACGGCCCAUCAUAUUACCUCUCCCGCCUCCAACGCUACUCCUCCUACACCUUCACCGUUUUCGCUGCCCUCCACUUCACCAACACCGCCCUCAUCCCCCUCGCAGCCUCCUCCCUCUCCUCCGCAGACUCCUACCUCCUGCUCACCCGCCCCUACUAUCAAUCCCCCCUCGCCGAACCCCUCCUCGUCGCCCUCCCCCUCGCCACCCACAUCGCCGCCGGCCUCGCCCUCCGCCUCGUCCGUCGCGCCCAGAACCUCCGCCGCUAUGGUGCCGCGCGCUCCGACGAUGCGGGCUGGUGCGCACGCCUCGCGCAGGGGUGGCCGCCGCUGAACGGAAUCAGCAUUCUAGGGUAUGCGCUCGUGCCGAUGGUGGCGGGGCAUGCGUUCUUGAAUCGGGGGUUGCCGUGGAUCCAUGACGGCGGGAGCUCGAAUGUGGGUUUGGAGUACGUGGCGCAUGGGUUCGCGAAGCAUCCGGUGGUGAGCUUUGUGGGGUUUGCGGGGUUGGUGGGAGUGGCGGCGUGGCAUUUUACGUGGGGGUGGGCGAGGUGGUUGGGGUGGUCGCCGAGUGGUGUGGCGCCGGGUGUAGUGGAGUACCGGGCGCGGAGGAAGAGGAGGUGGUAUUUGGUAAAUGCAGUGAGUGUGGUGGUUGCGGGGGUGUGGAUGGCGGGGGGGUUGGGAGUCGUUGGUAGGGGAGGGGCGGCGACCGGGUGGGUGGGGAGGCAGUUUGAUGAUCUGUAUUCGAAGGUUCCGAUCGUGGGGAAGUGGCUUUGA